AUGCAGCAAUCCAGAAGACCCCCUGCUAAAAGGCACCCAUACAGAGGCAAGAAGGCCUUCGCAACAAAUGCAACGAAUGCUUCUGGAUCUCCUCAACAACAUGCGACUCCCAUCCCACGCGUCGCGACACCUCCUUUGACAGAGGCUGUCCCUCUCGAUACUCCACGAUUUGCAGACCUUGGAAAGGAAAAACUUCUUCAUCCUAUCCUCCUUCAAACAAUUAUCGAAGAUCUCAAGUUCGACCAUAUGAUGCCAGUACAAGCGGCCACUCUUCACGAUCUCCUGGCCAAGAGGAUUGAUUGUCUAGCACAAGCAAAGACUGGCACUGGGAAGACCAUUGCAUUUCUGUUACCUGCCAUCCAAACUCUCAUCAACUUGAACAGACCCCCCGGCUCUGGCGUCUCUCUCCUGGUCAUCUCCCCAACUCGAGAAUUAGCGAUGCAGAUUGCGAAGGAGGCAACAGCAUUACUCAAACGACUACCAAAAUACAAGGUUUCUUUCGCAAUUGGAGGCACAAACAAGAACACAGAGGAGGACAAGAUUCUCAAAGGCUGUGAUAUCCUCAUUGCAACUCCCGGAAGAUUACUCGACCAUCUCAGCAAUCAGCAUGUUCAAUGGAAUUUCCGCAACCUCGACACCCUAGUUCUCGAUGAAGCUGACCGACUCCUCGAUAUGGGCUUCAUGCCCGCCCUCAAAGAGAUCGUCAAGUCCCUCCCUGACAAAGAAAAAUCCAAGAGACAAGGUAUGCUCUUCUCCGCCACCAUCGCUCCCCACGUCGAGAACGUCGCCCAUCUCAUCCUCUCCAAAGACUACAAAUUCAUCUCCACCAUCCCAGAAGGAGAGCUCAACACCCACGAGCGUGUCCCACAACACCUAAUCACCGUUCCUGCCUUCUCAGAUGUUGCUGCUGCUCUCGUAGGCAGCAUCCGCUCCGAAGUAGCCUUGAAUGGAGCAGACACCUUCAAAGCCAUUGUCUUCGCGCCCACCGCCGCACUUGUCGACUUCUACGGCGACAUCCUCGAGGCGCUCCCCAACUUGCCACCCACCAGCGUACUGCACUCCCGCGUCAGCCAAUCGAAGCGCACAAACGUCACCAACGCCUUCCGAACCGCAAAGAACGGGAUCCUCGUCGCCACGGACGUCGUAGCACGAGGAAUGGAUUUCCCCCUUGUCACGAACGUCUUCCAAGUCGGUAUCCCAGCGGACAAGGAAUCGUAUGUCCACCGUCUUGGUCGAACAGCUCGUGCAGGCGCCGAAGGCCGUGGGACAUUCAUCGUCACUGAAGCAGAGACGUUCUUCCCGAAGUGGACGUUGAAGGAAAUCACUUUCGAGCCGGCGGACGCGGAUAUCACUGCCAAGUCUGAGAUUAGAAUUAUUGCGGAGAAGAUGGAGGAUCACGCGAAGACGUAUCAGGCAUGGUUGGGGUACUAUAAGAACCAUAUGAAGGGGCUGAAGUGGGAUAUCCCGGAGCUGGUUAGGCAGGGGAAUCGCUUUGCUUUGGAGGGUCUUGGGGCGCCAGAAGUACCCGGCAUAAAGAAGAGUACUGUGAGCAAGAUGGGACUUAAGGGCGCGAAGGGGUUGACUGUCGUGCCUGAUCCUCCUAGAGUUGCAGGUGGGCAUAGAGGAGGCGGUGGUGAAGGUCGAUCAGCGGGAAGUGGAGGCAAGGGGAAGGUGCAGAAGGUUGAUCGAGGUCUGAACUGGUAG